AUGAAUAACAUACUAGGAAUUGGAACAGACAUUGUGUAUAUACCAAGAAUGAUUGGAAUUUUGAAAAGAAAUCAUGCUAUUGGAGAUUAUCGAAAGCUGAAAAGAAUAACAAACAAAUUUAUGACUGUAGUGGAACAAGAAAAGUUCUUCAAGUUACUGAAUAAGUCUGAAUAUGUUGAAUCAAACAAAGAAUUAAUAAAUUAUACCGCUGGUAUAUGGGCUACCAAAGAAUCCAUACUAAAGGCACUUUCAGGAUACAUACCAGCAACCGAAGUUCCUCCCGCCCAAACUAUAUAUUCAAAGUUGUUUACGAAAUCAAAUAAAGAAUCAGGAUCGCCAGUAAUCCAAAUCGAAGCAUCGUUUCCAAGUAUUUGUCCAACUUAUAGUGGAUUCUACAAUCGGUAUAUCUUGAAUCGAAUUGAAGUUGAUUUAUCAAUCUCCCACGACCAUGACUAUUUAAUUUCGUAUUGUUUAAUUAAAUCUACACAAUGA